AUGGCAGGUGUUGGCGAAGGUGCAAUAGUCGACCGGCUGCGGCGGUAUGGCAUCACCAAGAUGGACAAGAAACGAACGGUUCCUCUUGAAAGACUCAGGAAUGCACCUCUUCACGUUCGGACCCAAGUGGAGGAUGUACAUCGGUGGUUGUUCGUAGAAGGUGGUCACUAUGAAGAUAUCGAGAGCUUGAUGACAAAUUAUUGCCACUUUGUUCGCGACAACCUACAAAUCCCAUUGGACCGGUUAUACUUUGGGGGUGUUGGUUUGCACCCAAAGCUUACUUCCUAUUUGUGGAAAUGGGAAUUGGAUUCCUUUGAACACCGCGAAAUGCCGCAGGAGAUCUUUGAGCGACGGAAUGAGCUUUUCAGUCCUGAUGAACCAUUCUGUGUCCUCGAACAAGGCAGAGCAGAGUUUAUUCGCAUUCGAUCGUCAGACAAUUACAUUCCGCCAGACACAGAAAAGUGGUUUCGGGCUGGCAACUACGCAGACUACUUCGCACUACCAGAUAUCCACCGCGGGGAAUUCGAAGGUGGCUUGGCUUGGAGUACGAAGCAUCCAAAGGGGUUUGACGAUGAAUACGUUCAGUUCUUUGAACUGACACAGCCUGCGUUGAGUACAGUUAUUAGACUACAUAUGAAUGCUCUUGUCAUCAAAACACUAACGGAGAGAAUGGAAAGAGAGAUUGAAGAACGGACAAGUCAGCUUGCAACGGCAAACAGGGAGCUGGAAAAAGCGAGCGAAGAGAUUUCAAGGAACGCAGCAAAACAGCUGGAACAUUUUGCAUGUAUGUCACAUGAAAUUCGAACUCCGCUAAACUGUAUUGUCGGUUUUUCAUCACUUAUGUUGGAAAAAAGUGAUCAAAUGACAGCGGAGAAUGAGGAGUCGAUCAGGAUGAUUCAUGAAAAUGGCAAUCUUCUGAAGUGCGUUGUGGAUGAUGUACUAGACUACGCGAAAUUGGAGAGUGGUUGCUUCAUGGUAAACGUACAGCCUUGUGAGCUGCAUCCCACGAUAAGCAGUGUUGUCACGUCAAUUGCACAAAAAGCAAAGAAGCGGAAUGUCACGGUUCGAACGGAUUAUUCAGCUGAGCUUUCUGGUAUCAUGGAGACUGACAAUCGAAGAUUGCAGCAAGUUCUUUUCAAUUUGCUCGGAAACGCUGAGAAGUUCAGCAAAGAUGGUGGAGUCAUUGACUUUUCUGUCAGCUUGGUGGGUUAUGAUGAAUGGCGGUAUGAAAUUGAAAGGAAUGAGCAAAUGUUGUGCUACGGUGAGAAAUUUGACAAUAAAGAGAAGCUGAGAGUCAUCUCCUUUUCCGUAAAAGACUACGGGAAAGGAAUCGAUAAAAAAGAUUUCGAAACCGUCUUCGAACCGUUCUCCCAAGCGAGCAAAGAAACGCAAUCCAUCUAUGGUGGAACAGGCUUGGGGUUGUCCAUAACGUCGAAAUUGGUAAAGAAGCUUGGAGGAUUCAUUUCGCUUGACUCGGAGCCCGGGAAGUUCACGGAGUUUUGCGUCUAUUUUCCAUUUCGAGGGGGUGCUGUAGACGUCGCUGGAUUGAGCAAAGAAUUUACAGAUACUACAGUUGUCCUCGUUGCAAAACACUUGGGCAUUCCAAUUUCGGGCUCGAAUGAAAACGAUUCUGUGUCCAUCAGUUUUGAAGUUGCCCGAACAUAUGGGUUGGAUAUGUUGCGUUGUCUAGAUUGGGAUGAUCUCGAUGCAAAGUUAUCAGAAUCAGUCAGUCUGCGAAGUUACGUUGCCAUAAUUGCCGAUUCAUCUGAUGUUGACUAUAGCAAGUACACGAAAGCUGAGUCGAAAAUUGGCAGCUCUCGUUGUGCGCUAUUUACUUGUGGAAAUACCAAUCAUACCGAAAUGUAUGGUGGAUUUCAUUUGGGCUUUAUGUCUGCGAGCUUCCCCGUGACAGUUUUGCAAAGAAUCUGGAGUCAAAUGCUCCUCAAGAAAGAUAACACCAAACCAAGGCUGAAAUUGCAAGACAGUGAAUCCCCUUCAUCUGUGGUAGAAAAGAAAGAGCGUCUCCUGACGAGAAAAGAUUUUCAACGUCUUCAAAUCUUGUAUGCGGAUGACAAUGGAAUCAACUGUAAAUUGCUUCACAAGAUGAUAUCAAAUCUCGGAGUUACCAAUAUUGACCUAGUUAAUGAUGGGACAAAAGCGGUUGAGUACGCCGAAUGUACCUCUUAUGAUGUGAUCUUCCUCGACAUGGAAAUGCGAGUAAUGGGAGGUAUCGAAGCGUGCCAGAGGAUAACUGAGUUCGAUCCUGCGGCGAAUAUCGUCUUUGUCACUGCGCACGUGUCUGAGAAGUACUUUAAGCUGGCAAAAGACGCAGGAGCCAAAGACUACAUCACAAAACCGUUCGACUUAAAGAUGAUUAGAAAUGUUUUGAAGAAAAGCAUAUACCGAGACUGCAUGGACACAUCGAUGCCACUUGCAACUAAACAGAUUGAGACCAGUCGAAAGGCUACAUCAUUUUCGAGGGCUCAAUCUAUGCCUUUAGGUUUGGCCUUGUUGAGCUCGGAACUCAAACCAUUGGCGAGCGACCUUAAGGUGCUAUAUGCAGAUGAUAAUAUGAUCAAUCAGAAAGUCCUGCGAAAAGUUCUGCAAAGGUUGGGGGUUGAAAAUGUUGACUUGGUCGACAAUGGUCAAAAAGCUGUGGAGAAAGCGAACGAGAAUAGAUAUGAUAUCAUCUUCAUGGAUUUACAAAUGCCAGUGAUGGAUGGUUUGGAAGCAAGUAAGCACAUUCUUGAAGAGGAUCCAGCAGCUGUUAUCAUUGUGGUUACAGCACAUGCACUUCACAAUUUCAUCGAAACAGCAGCCUUCACUGGCUGUUCCGAUUUCAUUUCAAAGCCGGUGAACCUGAAGAAGAUCCAAUCUGUCCUUGAACCGUACACAAUAUUUGAUGCCUCAUAG